GCCUCCGGAUCACCGCCAGCACCUGCUCCAGAUAUUCGACGUGGAAACAGAUCUGCGCCGUCCCGGUCUUCAAGCAACCAAUCUUGGACGUCGAGCUCUGCCGGAAGGAGCCGAGGUGGACUUGAUCUUGAGGUUGCCGAUGAGCAUCGAGGACUGGAAUGUAAAGCAAUUCCUGUUGCGCGGAAAUCUCGCACAUCUCCUCUGAAUUCCAACAAACUGCCACCCUCUCCAGCGAUGAGUUCUCGCGAGAUUCUCGAGGAUCUUUCGAUGCACGGCCGCACCUGGCCGGAGCAGAUGGCAGGCCUGGUCGGCGGCAAAAAGGCCAGCGACACUCCAGCUUCUCCCACACAGCGCAUUCCAUUCACCAGAACCAGGUCAAGAAACGAUCGGGAAGAGCUUGAGCCACCACCCUCAGCAAGGAUCGACACCUCGGAGCAGAGCAGUGCCAACAAGUCUCCCCAAAUCUCAGAGGAUCGCAGGGUUCGCAGCUUGUCUCCGCGAGCGGGGGAUCGCAGUCAAUCUCCCCUCGACGCGGGCAGGCUGCGGCCUGCAGGGGACCCGAGAUCGAGCGGCCUCCAGGCGCCUGGAUGGCCCGAGAGUGAGAGGGUGCACCUCCAGGUGCAUGCUGUUACAUCGAGAUCAGAUGUGAGAUGGAACUCCAAGUUCCACAGGGACUCGGGCAUUGAGGAGGCGCACGAAGCUGACGCAGGUGAAGGCCAGUCCCUGAGCCCCAGCGAGAGGCGGAAGGCAUGGCACAUCCCACCUAGUGCAGCAUGGGGCUCUCCGCACAGUGCAGUGGCCUCUCCGCGCCCAGCGACAGCUCCAGCUGAAAGCCUUGCCGGUGGAGACACGAACUUCUCGGAGGCUGGUUCACCGGUGUGA